AUGCCCCUCGACCUCGAGAAAAUUCUGCAGGAGAAGAAGGCUGCCGACGCAGCGGCGGCGAGGCCGCGUUUCAUCCCAAGAGCCGAACGCGAGCGUCUCGCCGCCGAAAAGCUGAAGAAGGAAGAGAGCGAGAAGAAGCGCAAAGCCGCCGAGCAGGAACGGAAGCGACGCGACGACGAGAAGAAGUGGGAGUCGCGUUCAAAUGGCAGUGGAUCUUCGUCUUCCGCAGUACCAACAGGGCCUCGCUCAAUGAAUCAGCAAGGCGACCGAGACCGAGACCGCGACCGCGAACGAGAGCGAGAUCGCGACCGAGAUCCCAAGGGCAGCGCAAACAAACCGAGCAAGGGCGACAAGCGUUCGGCCGAGGACAUCGAGGCGGCACUGCUGCGGGCCCGGUACUUGGGGCCCGAAGUCAAUAAACACUCCAACUUCUCCGCCAAGAAGAAACGGAUGCGAACGACCGAGAAGAAGUUCAACUUUGAAUGGGAUCCGGACGACGACACCUCACGAGAAAAUGACCCUCUGUACUCGCAGCAGACCGCUUACCGCGGCUAUUCAUUUGCUGGUGUCGGUGGCGAGUUCGACGAGGACGCAGAACGACGAGCACGCAAGCGAGCUCGCAUGAUCGAAGAGAGAGACCUGGAAUUCGGCAAGGAGCGGGCAAAGGGAAUAAUGGAGGACUUCUAUCGAGCCCGAGACAAGGCCAGGGAGAGGGCAGAGCGGACGGGUCUUGGCCGCCACUGGUCCGAGAAGCGACUCGAAGAGAUGCGCGAACGCGACUGGAGAAUCUUCAAGGAAGAUUUCGGUAUCUCCACGAAAGGCGGCAGCAUACCGAACCCGAUGCGCAACUGGGACGAGUCGGGCUUGCCCCCGAGACUUCUCGACAUCGUGGAUCGCGUCGGCUACAAGGAUCCGUCGCCCAUUCAGCGGGCAGCAAUUCCUAUCGCGUUGCAGGCUCGCGAUCUGAUCGGUGUCGCCGUCACCGGCUCCGGAAAAACAGCCGCAUUCCUGCUACCCCUCCUCGUCUACAUCUCCGACUUGCCGCCAAUGACUGAGGUCAACAAGAACGACGGCCCCUAUGCUCUUAUUCUCGCCCCGACGCGAGAGCUGGUCCAACAGAUUGAGACCGAGGCCUUGAAAUUCGCCACGCCACUGGGAUUUCGCUGCGUCAGCAUCGUCGGUGGCCACUCCCUGGAGGAGCAAGCGUAUGCUCUUCGUAACGGCGCAGAGAUCGUUGUCGCCACCCCCGGCCGUCUGGUCGACUGCAUCGAGCGCCGCCUACUUGUGCUUGGUCAGUGCUGCUACGUCAUCAUGGAUGAAGCAGAUCGCAUGGUUGAUCUCGGCUUCGAGGAGUCCGUCAACAAGAUUCUGGACGCUCUGCCAGUCAGCAACGAGAAACCGGAUACGGACGACGCCGAGAACGCGCAGAUGAUGAAGCGACACCUGGGUGGUCGCGACAAGUAUCGCCAGACCAUGAUGUACACGGCGACUAUGCCGCCUGUCGUCGAGCGCAUCGCGAAGAAGUACCUCCGCCGCCCAGCCAUCGCCACCAUUGGCAAUGCCGGCGAGGCCGUCGACACAGUCGAGCAGCGCGUGGAGCUCAUAUCUGGCGAAGACCGCCGCAAGCGCCGUCUACAAGAGAUCCUGGCCUCGAAGCAGUUCGCUCCGCCGAUUAUCGUUUUCGUCAACAUCAAGCGCAACUGCGACGCUGUGGCCCGCGACAUCAAGUCCAUGGGCUAUUCCGCAGUGACCCUCCACGGUUCCAAGACGCAGGAGCAGCGAGAGGCCGCUCUGGGAUCCGUUCGAUCCGGGCAGACACAAGUCCUCGUCGCUACCGACCUAGCAGGCCGUGGUAUCGACGUACCCGACGUCUCCCUCGUCAUCAACUUCAACAUGGCCACCAGCAUCGAGAGCUAUACCCAUCGCAUAGGCCGUACUGGCCGCGCGGGCAAGAGCGGUGUGGCCAUCACGUUCCUGGGCAACGAAGAUGCAGACGUGAUGUACGACUUGAAGCAAAUGCUCAGUAAGAGCUCCAUCUCGAAAGUGCCUGAGGAGCUGCGACGACACGAGGCCGCGCAGUCCAAGCCUGUCCGCGGCGGCGCGUCCAAAAGGGACACGGCAGCUGCAGAGAAAGGAAGCGAUGGUGCAGGGAAAGGGGGUUGGCAGUAA